AUGACGACCAAUAGUCCAGGGCCGAGUGCUCCGUCGAGCGAGUGCUUCAUCAGGGUUCGAUUGAACAACAUCGACACCGUACAGACGCCGAUCAAGCAAUUGCCUCGAGAAACGAGCUUCAAUCCUGACAAUGCUCGAACGUCGGGUAUACCCUUCAUCACUCGCUCGACGCCAUUCCUCUCUGGUGGACAAGAGCUCGACAAGGUGCCCGAGAUUCGCGUGUUCGGCAGUACAGACCAGGGACAGCGCUGUUGCGUUCAUGUUCAUGGCGUCUUUCCGUAUGUCUUUAUACAAUACUCAGGCGAACUCGAUCCAGAGAUAGUGAAUUCGUACAUCCGUCAGUUGGGCAGGACACUCAAUGCUGCCAUGGCGAAAUCAUUCAAACGCGAACAAGACCGGAAAGUGCAGGAGCAAUAUGUCGGCUUCAUCUGUCUCGUCAAAGGCGUGCCCUUCUACGGCUUUCAUAUCGGCCAGCAAUACUUUCUCAAGAUCUAUUGCCUCCAGCCACGACACAUGACGCGUCUCUCCGCCAUCCUGCGCAGCGGCAAGAUCAUGAGCAAGCCAGCCGACAAGGCGUCUGGAGCAAAGUCGCAAGGCUUCGAAGUCUUUGAGGCCCACAUCCCCUUUCUGCUGCAAUUCAUGCUCGAUCACAACCUGUACGGCUGUGAUUGGAUCGAUCUUGAACGGUGCAAAUUCAGAGGCGAGCUACCUAUCAUAAACAUCGAUUCUCAAGCAUCUGCCAAGUCAGGCGACUCACACGUUUCCAACAGGAUCUACUGUGAAGGGUCUGUGCCGGAGGAAGCGUUGUAUCCUGUCGACAAUAGCCCGGCCAAGAUCUGCUACAGUCAGCUCGAGAUCGACGUUCAUGCUUGCGACAUCAUCAACAGACGUCGUGUCGAGCCUCGAUUGCUCCACGCCGACUUUCGCGAGCUGCUGGAAGCUCCGUACGCUGAGUCUCAGAAGCUUGUGCAUAGCGUCAAAGAGCUUUGGAAGGAAGAGGCCUUGCGUCGUAAGGAGCGUGGCGAAGACGGGCCGGAGGAUAUCGCGAGUUAUGCAGGUGGCGGGAGACUCUUCGCACGCGGAGAGCAGCCACAUUGGGCUGCGGAAGACGGCUGGCGCAGAGCUAUCUUCAAAAUGAUCGAGCAAGACAAAGUCAAGCCUGCCUCCUUUGAGAGCUUUGUCAAGAAGCCGAGUCACUUCGAUGGCCUGAUACUUACUGCUUUCGAGUCUGUCACUGCUCUCUUUCCAACCCGAUUACGUCAGGAUCAGCUCACCAACAACCCAUUUGGUGUCUGGGCUCCCAAAGGCGUAGGUGUCGAGAAUAGACGAGAGCAAUCUACUGCUCCCUCCAGGAGCACGUUGCGAGGUCGAUCACGCUCCGUCUCUGUGCUGCCUGACGAUUUCGACGACGUCAACUGGUCAGACACAGAAGGUGACUUCAAUCAUGUGGAAGCACGCGAGCACAGCGAUCCAGAUGUGCUGACGGAUGAUGGAGCUAUGCCCGAUGAAGCCGAGGAGGAUCCGCUGCCACCUGAUGAAUAUGGCUCGCCGCGCAGAUUCCAUAAAGCACGGGCAGAAGACGUGAUGAUGGAGGACGCUGCUGCCGAGACACGUCACGCACUCGACGACGAAGAUAAUGCUACCCCGCCACCUCGCUCCUCACAAACGCAAGGAUCAAGUGCAAGUCCUUCGCCAACCAAAAAUGGCUUGCGCGCUACCUUGCACAAAAACGGCUACCUUGACGUAUCUCCGAUCAGUCUGCAUAAGAAAGCGCUGCGUGAUGCCGCACAGGCCAAAUUGUCACAGGGCGAUGGCACUCCAGCUCAAGUCAUGUCGCAGUCUGCUUAUUUUCGGAACAAGACGCCUAGUCCCCACAAAUCGAAGACGAACGCCUUUGGCGGCGCAGCACCGAUGAUCUCGAGCGACAAUCUCAAGCAUGCUUUUCAGAGUGAAGCCAGAAAACCAACGAUGCCAGGGGAGAUCUUACCAUGGAAUGUCAAGCCAAGGGGCCAGCUGGGCCGGUAUUUUGAGAGAGUAGACCGUCCGCGUGUCGAAGCGACUACAGUGCCAGAGGUUGCUGAAGAGGUCGAUCUGUUAAAUGUGGAACAGGUACGCACGGUACAUGAUCCAUCACCGCAGACCUCCAGUGUUACCUCAUCCGAUAGUGCCGCCAUGCCGCCGCCUCAGCAAUCAUCGGGUCCGGUCCACACGUCAACUUCUGAAUCCGAUAACGGAUCGCCGGAUUAUCUGAUGCCGUCACCGACACCAACAGCCCGCCCUCUCGGAGCAUCCACACCAACGCCGGAAACAAAUCCGAGCCUGACCGAUUCUGCUGUGUCUGAGCACUUCCCUGCACUUCCCGCAUCACCCCGUGCCACAAAGCGCGUCAAAUUCAGCUCACCCUCCGUUUCGUCUGCCGAACAAAGCGUCAGCACGCGAGCAAAGUCAAUCACACCAACGAGCGCGCCGGCACUUACGCACAAUUCUCUGCAAUAUGCCGAAAGCGCGCCUACCACAGAGGACUUGCGCCUCUCGCUUCAGUCGCAUAAUAUGAAAGAUAAAGAUUGGGGCCUGCCCUUUUUCUCUGUCAUUUCGGACGUGCCAGAGUCUACAAAAGAAUAUGCUGGCAGGCGUUUCCAUGUUGGCGGUAUCACCCGUCGAUAUCUGAAAGACUUUCAUCAUUCAUACAGUCGGGACAAACGUGGCUCUCGCCAGCAUCAGGUCUUGCGGUGGGAAUAUGGCCUUGCACCGCCCAGCAAGUCCGACUGUCUACAGUCUUUGCGUGACGCCAGUCCCUCCCUGCAGGAUGCGAGAAAAGCAAGGCGACUCGCUUCUCAAGUCGAGGGCCCCACGCAAGCUAAUCGCUUCGGCUUCCGCUUUCAGCAAAUCAAAUCGACCGAAGGAGUCGAUCGAGGCAAGCAACACAUGGACUGCCUGUCGAUCGAGCUACAUGUCAAUACACGAGAGCGAAUGAGGGUUUCAGCGAAAGAGAAUGGCAAAGCCAUGAAGCCCGUCGAUGAAGCUGAAAAGCUUGCCGACGAAGUCAUCGAAGACCCUAAGACUCCUCAAGACCCCGAUCACGAUACUUUGCGACCAGAUCCGGAGCAUGAUUCGAUCGAAGCACUGUGCUAUUGCCUGCAAACUGAAGAUCCGUCAAUUCUCAGGAAUGGCAGACUGCCCUCGACUCACAUAGGCAUGAUCGUCGUCGAACAGGCUGGCAUUGACUUCCACCGUCUGGGUUUUGGCGAUGUCGUCAUUGACGUCGUGGAAGACGAAGGCGCGCUAAUCGAUCUCUUCAUAGAUAAAGUCCAGCACUGGGAUCCCGAGAUCCUGGCGGGCUUCGAGGUGCACAAAUCCAGCUGGGGCUACCUUGUCGAUCGUGGCAACGUCGCACACGGCCUUGACUUGGUCAAGAUCUUCGGGCGUGUAGAUACCCAGAGUACCGGCCGCAAUCGUGGCAAAGAGGAUGCAUGGGGCUAUAACCACACGUCUAGUUUGCGCUUUACUGGGCGACACGUCUUGUGCAUCUGGCGAAUAUUGCGCGGCGAGCUGGCGCUGACACAAUAUACGCUCGAGAACUUGACAUUCCAUGUAUUGCAAGAGCGCACGCCUCACUAUACACACAGGACGCUGACUAGAUGGUAUACUGACGAUUCGCCUGCGCAUACCGCGCGUGUGCUACAGUACUGGCUACGCCGCGCCUCCAUCGAUAUAGAGCUGCUCGACGAAGCUGAGAUCAUUUCUCGCAACGCCGAAUUCGCUCGCGUCUUCGGUGUUGACUUCAUGUCGGUUCUGACUCGCGGCAGUCAAUUCAAGGUCGAAUCGUUCAUGUUCCGUGUCGCCAAGCCAGAGAGCUUUCUGCUGCUCUCGCCUGAUCGAGUGCAGGUCGGCAAGCAGAACGCAGCUGAGUGUCAGCCUCUUAUCAUGGAGCCUCAGUCCGCCUUUUAUACCGACCCGGUGCUUGUUCUUGACUUUCAGUCGCUCUACCCCUCCUGCAUGAUCGCGUAUAACUACUGUUAUUCGACCUGUCUUGGCCGUGCCGGUCUGUUCAAGAACACGACCAAAUUCGGCACCACAACGCUCGAUCAUCCAGCUGGGCUGCUCUCGCUGCUACAAGACGAGCUCAUUGUGUCGCCAAACGGUUUCGUCUUUGUCAAACCGCACGUUCGCAAAUCGCUCUUGAGCAAGAUGCUGAGCGAAAUCCUUGACACGCGCUUCAUGAUCAAGAAGUCGAUGAAGCUUGUCAAAGACGACAAGGCGCUCACCAAGAUGAUGAAUGCCCGACAGCUGGGUCUCAAGUUCAUCGCCAACGUCACGUAUGGCUACUGCUCGGCCACAUUCUCCGGCCGCAUGCCUUGUGUCGAGAUAGCCGACGCCAUUGUGCAGACCGGCCGGGAGACGCUCGAACGCGCCAUGUCAACCAUUCACGCCAAUGCAGCCUGGGGAGCUCGAGUCGUGUACGGUGACACAGACAGCUUGUUCGUUCAUCUGCCGGGCAAAACCAAAGAUGAUGCCUUUCGGAUCGGCCGGGAGAUUGCUGCCACAAUAACUUAUCAAAAUCCUAGGCCUGUCGAGCUCAAAUUUGAAAAGGUCUACUUGCCCUGCGUACUGCAAGCUAAGAAGCGCUACGUCGGCUUUAAGUACGAGAACGAAGAGGACGAAGAACCCGUCUUUGAUGCCAAAGGUAUCGAGACGGUCCGACGCGAUGGCAUCCCUGCUCAGGCCAAAAUGGUCGAGAGCUCGCUCAAGAUCUUGUUUCGAACACAUGACCUCUCGCAAGUCAAGGAGUACUGCUGUCGACAGUGGCAACGCCUGCUCGACGGCAGGGUCUCGAUUCAAGAUUUCACAUUUGCGAAAGAAGUCAAAUUGGGAUCAUAUAGCGACAAAGGCAUACCGCCGCCUGGGCCAGUCGUGGCGGCUGUUAAGAUGCGCAAGGACCAUCGAAACGAGCCCCAAUACGCCGAGCGGGUGCCCUAUGUGAUGCCAAUCUCUGAUGGUCGCACUCAAUCGCAUCGCGCGCUCGCACCGGAGGCUUUCUUGUCCGGUAGACGCAAGCGCCUCGAUGCUGAGUACUAUAUCACACGAAUGUUCGUGCCUGCUCUAGCACGCAUUUUCAAUCUCGUGGGCGUUGACGUCAAUGCUUGGUACACGAGCAUGCCAAAGACACUUCGCCUGAGUACAAAAACGGACCAGGCCAAGGGGAAACAGACGAUGGAGGAGCACUUUGUCAGCGACCGGUGUCCCAUCUGUCGCCGACCAGGUCAUCGUAACGGUGUUUGUGCUGCCUGUCGAGCCGAUCCAAGCAAGACAACUUUCGAGGUCUUGUCUCGCGCUCAUCAUGCAGAGAAGCGACAGGUCGAAUUGCGACAAUUCUGUGGCUCGUGCGCAUCACUCCCCCAGGCUGAGGUGAUCGAGUGCGACUCACUUGACUGCCCGACUUACUAUGCACGUCUAAGGAGCGAAUGGCAAGCCCAGGAUAUCCACGAGCUCGGUCUGAUGAAGACCCUGCAAUCAUGA